AUGAACGUAGCAAAGUCGUCGCUCCUACGGCGAGCUGCUACAACACGAACAUUCUCAAAGCCUCUAUCCCGCCGAAUACCUUCCCUACUAUCCUCAUACAGCAGAUCCAGUGUGUUCUCACGGUCUGUUGCGCCAGCCAUCUCAGUACCUGCGACAUAUUCUGUACGAACCUAUGCCAAUGGAAGACCACAUCCGCCCGGCGGCACCCACCGGAUGAACUUGGGAGGAGAACCAGAAAAGUCUGCACUGGAAGAAUAUGGUGUCGACCUUACAGCUCGUGCAAAAGAUGGCAAACUCGAUCCUGUCAUUGGCAGAGACGCAGAGAUUCAUCGUACAAUCCAGAUUUUGUCCCGGCGCACCAAGAACAACCCCGUGUUAAUUGGUGCUGCCGGUACCGGUAAGACUGCCAUCCUUGAAGGUCUUGCGCAGAGGAUUGUCAGAGGCGACGUUCCGGAGAGUAUCAAGAACAAGAGAGUCAUCUCACUCGAUCUGGGCCAAUUGAUAGCUGGUGCUAAGUUUCGAGGCGAUUUUGAGGAGAGACUUAAAAAGGUGUUGAAAGAAGUCGAAGAUGCACACGGCGGGGUCAUUCUCUUUGUUGAUGAGCUUCACACCCUUCUGGGAUUGGGAAAGGCAGAGGGCUCCAUCGAUGCCAGCAAUCUGCUCAAGCCUGCUCUGUCUCGGGGCGAACUUCAAUGCUGCGGCGCAACCACCCUCAACGAAUACCGCCAGAUCGAAAAAGACGUUGCGCUAGCUAGACGAUUCCAGCCAAUCGUCGUUGGCGAACCGUCUGUCCAAGACACCAUCUCAAUCCUGCGUGGUAUUAAAGAUCGAUAUGAGGUUCACCACGGUGUCCGCAUCACGGAUGGUGCUCUGGUCGCUGCCGCGACGUACAGCAAUCGUUAUAUCACUGACAGGUUCUUGCCUGACAAGGCAAUCGACCUAGUCGACGAAGCUGCUUCCGCACUGCGACUGCAACAAGAGUCUAAGCCUGACACAAUCCAGAAGCUCGACCGAGAGAUCAUGACGAUACAGAUUGAACUUGAGUCGUUGCGUAAGGAAACAGAUAUCGCCUCUAAAGAGCGGCGGCAAAAGCUUGAGGAGACUCUGACUGAGAAGAGAAAGGAGGUGGAGCGCCUCACAGAGAUCUGGGAUCGCGAGAAGGCCGAAAUCGAGACUAUCAAGCGCACGAAAGAAGACCUCGAAAAGGCCCGGCACGACUUGGAACAAGCCAGACGAGAAGGCAACUUCGCACGCGCAGGUGAAUUACAAUAUGCCACCAUCCCGAAACUCGAGUCUCAAUUGCCCAAGGAGGGCGAGGAAGUCGCAACAACCACCAAAGACGGCGAGACCUUGAUCCACGAUUCCGUGACAGCAGAUGACAUUGCCAACGUCGUUAGCCGGUCGACGGGCAUUCCAGUCACGAAGCUUAUGUCGGGCGAGGUUGAGAAACUAAUCAAGAUGGAAGACAAGCUGAGGGAGCACGUCCGAGGACAAGACGAAGCUCUCACCGCCGUCGCCAAUGCUGUUCGCAUGCAACGAGCCGGUCUCAACAACGAAAACCGACCUCUUGCAAGCUUCAUGUUUCUCGGUCCCACCGGUGUGGGAAAAACGGAACUCUGCAAACAAAUCGCCAACUUUCUCUUCAGCACCGAAUCCGCUGUGGUCAGAUUCGACAUGUCCGAGUUCCAGGAGAAGCACACCGUAUCUCGGCUCAUCGGCGCCACAGCAGGCUACGUCGGCUACGAAGACGCUGGGCAAUUGACCGAGGCUGUCCGCCGCAAGCCGUACGCCGUCUUGUUGUUCGAUGAAUUCGAAAAGGCACACCGCGACAUCUCGAGCCUUCUACUCCAGGUGCUCGACGAGGGCUACCUGACCGAUGCGCAGGGUCACAAGGUCGAUUUCCGCAACACCCUGAUCGUUCUGACCAGCAACCUGGGCGCCGAGAUCCUGAUGGGCACAGGUGCUGACGUCGAGAGCGUCACGCCCGAACAGAAAAAGGGCGUCAUGGAGGUCGUCCAGGCGAGUUACCCGCCCGAGUUCCUGAACCGAAUCGACGAGUUCAUUAUCUUCAACAAGCUGUCCAAGUCGGCGUUGAGGGACAUCGUCGACAUACGCAUCGAGGAAUUGCAAACCCGACUCGACGACCGCCGCAUGAAGCUCGACAUCUCGGACGAGGUCAAGGAUUGGCUCUGCGAGAAGGGCUACGACCCCAGGUACGGCGCUAGACCGCUCAACCGAUUGAUCCAGCAUGAAAUCGGGCGCAAGUUGGCGGACAGGAUCAUCCGUGGUGAACUCAAAGGUGGAGAUCUCGCUAAGGUGGUCAUUACGGACGACAGGUCAGCGCUAGACUUGGAGCCUAUCCGAGCCUCUUAG